UAUGACCAACGCAAAUGAAAAUAGGUUCAUCGAAGCAAGCAGUUAGAAACGGGACAGUAACUUAUUUUAUUUUUACGUGUUAUACAUAUGUCUUAUGGCAACACCGUCUGUGAAUUUCGAUCAGAUUUCUUUGUUUCUAAUAUGUCUUGGAGUAUGUUUGUGCCAGUGCAAAGACAUCCGACAUUCUUUGGAUGAUGACCUCUUGUUACCCUACACCAAAUCCCACGGGCCAUCUCAUUCUCACCGCCACGUGAGAGACUGUCAGCCCAUCGCCCAUGGCAACGUAACCCACGAAACCUGGGCAGCAAGCAAACACUUGAACUCACCAGUGUUCAAGUCAAAUAUAUUCAUCUCCGACAUCGCCGAUGACUCUGGCGCUCACAGAUGGGCGAAUGGCCAUAUCACAGAGGUGCUUGACCCACUGAGAUCCGUGUCCAUUCUGGAACCAGGAGGCCCUGGAGGGUGCGAGCGGAAUCACAGAGAUCUGGUGGAGCUCACUGCCAAAACUAGAAAGUGCCUCAUCGCCCAGAAUGGAGGCUACUUUAACACUCACACCGGGCAGUGUUUAGGGAAUGUCGUAAGUGAUGGGAAGCUGGUGAGGAGCAGUGGAGGAAUUCAAAAUGCUCAGUUUGGCAUCAGAAAGGAUGGGACACUAGUGUUUGGUUACCUGUCUGAGGAUGAUGUACUGGAUCAGGUAAAUCCCUUUGUGCAGUUGAUCAGUGGGGUGGUGUGGCUGCUGAGAAACGGCGAGAUCUACAUCAAUGAGAGCAUUCAGGCAGAAUGUGACAAAACACAGGAGACCGGAAAAUUUCAAGACUUUGUGGAUGUGAUAUCUGCCCGUACGGCGGUGGGUCACGAUGCAGAGGGGAAACUCAUCCUCUUCCACGUCGAUGGUCAGACGCAUAUGAGAGGAAUGAACCUCUGGCAAGUGGCAAAGUUUCUGAAGGAUCAGCAUGUCAUUAACGCUAUUAAUCUGGAUGGAGGCGGCUCGGCCACUUACAUCCUCAACGGAUCCCUGGCCAAUUACCCUUCAGACCACUGCGAACCUCCGGAGUGGCGCUGCCCAAGGCCGGUAUCCACUGUGUUGUGUGUUCAUGAGAGGCUGUGCCAUCCGGAGGACUGCAGUGGCCACGGGCGCUGCGUGGAGGGCCAGUGUGUGUGCCAGCAGGGCUGGAGCGGGACAGGAUGUGCCAAACUCACAUGCCAGGCUGAAUGCGGAGAGCACGGGAUCUGCACUGAGAAUGGAUGUGUGUGUGAUGCUGGAUGGAUGAGUUUAAACUGUAGCCAAGUAUGUGUGGCAGGUUUCUAUGGUGAUGGCUGCAAUCAGUCAUGCACAUGCACAAACGGUGGCUCAUGUGAUCCCGUCCAUGGACGGUGCAUCUGUCCUGCUGGUUUCCAUGGAGAUUCCUGCGAGCAAGAGUGCCCUCUUGGAUUCUACGGACUGAACUGCAAGCAGCCGUGCCAAUGCCACGACAUGUGCCCAUGCAACUCUGUCACUGGAAGCUGCAAUACCACAUACCAGGGGGAAAGAAACUUCAGUCUGCACAGAGCUGGUCACUGUCUGGCUACACAGAUGUGGAAGGAACGGAGACAAGAGGAGGAAUCUCAUGCUCCCAGACGCUAUUUAUCUGAACAAAGCUGGCUGGUUGUCUGCGCAAUCCUGGCAACGUCGCUGCUGGCCAGCCUCGCCGGUAACCUUAUCCAGACGUGCAGAAAAUGCAAAGCGCGCAAAAAGAGGGCGGACUACUCCUACUUGCCGUUGGGAGAGAUCAACGGGGCCGCGGAGCGAGGAAGAGGGCAGGGGACAAAUUCUGGGAAAGUUCUCUUUCAGCAAGAAGAUUCUGACUCGCAAGGCUCCUUAUAAUGUUUCGAAAUGCAUGCAUCCAUGUGUGCGGGUUCACGCAAGUGUGCCAACAGCAGAGGGCUGAGAGAAACUACCGGUAUCUAGCUAGCCAGCACAAGCCCUCAUUAGGAAAGGGUUUGUUCAUGCUAUGAAUCGGUGAGCUUUUGGAAGGGCCUCUUCGUCCUCGGAUUUGGGCCGUCCAAAUCGGCGAUGAUGGACAAUGAGAUGGGCGUUAACAUCUAAACAGCUGUCUGUGCGCCUCGGUGCGUUCACAUUCGCCCCUGCUAAGUCUGUAGAUGCCAGCCAACUCUGUUCACACAUGCCAAGUGCCCUGAUUGUGCAGUUUGACUGCCUUUAGUAAA